AUGGCGCAGUGCCGAGGUCCGGGCGUGUCACUAUGCUUGGUGCUACAUCUUGUGUUAUGGAGUAACGUAUCCGUCCUGGCUAUCACACAACAGGGAAGAAAAGUUUACAGAGUUACAGUAAAAGAGGAGGUGCCGUAUAUUUUCCAGAAGCCGGGAUCACCUGAAGGACCGAACAGCUUUGAAGGAUUGAUAAUAGACGUCCUUCAUCAGAUUUCUCAAAUACUUGAUGUUAAGUUCUCACUUAAUCACGUCGGUGAUAACGAAUUCGGCGAGAGGAGAGAUGACGGAACUUGGACGGGCAUGAUCGGCGAACUUCAAAGAAAUGAAUCGGAUAUAGCUGCCGGACCAUUGACCGUCACAGCUGAUCGGGCCCGUAUAGUAGAUUUCUCGCAGCCAUUUUCCAGCGCGGGACUUAGAGUGCUGGUCAAGCGGCCUGAAAACACGCAAACGUCUAGCGACCAAGUGGAACUGUUCCUUCGUCCGUUCAGUGUUGGUGUAUGGAUUCUGGUUCUCAUCACAGCAGUCGUGUUACACCUACUCUGGUGUCUUAACCUAAGAUUUAAUCCUAAAGAGAAACUACAUACCAAUGAGAAAAACUACGAAUAUGAAUACUGCACUGACAUAAACGAGAAAAAAAUGUGUACAUCAAAAGCAGCCUGGAUUUUGUCGGUUUCUUCCAAGAUAUUUAUGAUAUCAUCGGUGACAGUCUACACAGCACAGCUGACGAGCAUAUUGGUUAAGUUGUCCACCUCAGAGAGACAGUAUCUUCCUUUCGUCACGUUUGAGGGACUUCUGAAUCAUCCAGAUAUAAACUACAGUUGCUUGGACAAAAGUUUCGCUUGUAAAUAUUUUGAAAACUCAGCGCAACCUUUGGAAAAGUCAAUAGAACUCCAUCUUAGAUCGGGCAAAAAAACAAGAUACAGUGAUUUAGAUACAGCAAUUAAUGAUUUGCGAAAAAGUACAAACAAACAACAGGCGUUGAUUAUGGAGUCAGAUUUUGCGUACUUUGUUGCAAGUAAAGAACCAUGUGACCUCAUUGUUGUAGGCGAGGAACUUGGGGACAUGUCUCAUUCUUUCGCUUGUAGGCCUGGACUAAGCAUAUGUCAUGACCUUGACAUUGCUAUCCUGACAUUGAAAUCCAUUGGGGAGUUAAGAAGGCUGCGUGAUAAAUGGUUAAGUGGACCAUGUGGAAAGUAUUCGGAGACUGCAUCUCCUUAUGCGCAUGCAAAUAAAUAUACUACUGACAAUAAAUUGGCUGUACAUAGCGAGAGAACGGUGAAGAGCUUCGUAAUACCACUACUCCUAGUGUACAGCGGGAUUGUGGUUAGCAUUCUUGUAAUGUUUUGGGAAAUUUAUCGCCCAAAAUCGAAAGAGGUUAAGAUGUUCCGAAUUGAAUACCAUGACCGAAGUGACGGCAUUGAAAUCGAAUCAGGAAGUGACGUCAUUAAAUGAACUGAAGGUUGAAGGUUAUAAGAGCUGUUGAUUCUACCUCAAGAGAAACAAAUUUUCCUUGUA